AUGGGCCUGCUCGAGCGACGAAAAGCCAUCGAGGAUGAGAUCGCGCGGACGCAGAAGAAUAAAAAGACGGAGUACCACAUCGGCCGCCUCAAAGGCCAGCUCGCGCGCAUUCGGACGGAGAUGAUGGAGCACGCGGUGAGGGCGGCCGGCGCGAAGGGCGGGGACGGCUUCGACGUCCGAAAAAGUGGCGACGUUCGCGUGGCGUUGGUGGGUUUUCCCUCCGUCGGAAAGUCGUCUUUUCUCUCGCGGGUGACCGAAACGGCGAGCGAGGCCGCCGGGUACGAAUUCACCACCCUCACCUGUAUCCCGGGAAAGCUUUUUCACAAGGGGACGGAAAUCCAGAUAUUGGAUUUGCCAGGGAUUAUCGAGGGCGCCGCGGAGGGAAAGGGGCGGGGACGGCAGGUCAUCGCAACCGCACGAACGGCGGAUAUGAUUAUUCUGAUGAUCGACGCCGUCAAGGCUGAGAUUCAGCGCGGUAAAAUUGAAAACGAGCUAGAAAUGGUGGGCAUUCGACUGAAUCAAUGUUAUCCCAACGUGACCUUUAAGAAAAAGGCAUCGUGCAGUAUGAAUGCGGUUAGCUACAGUUCGAACAUCAAGCAAACUAAGGGGAUGUCAGAGAGCAUGGCGAAGGAGAUUCUCAAGGACUACGGUAUUUUCAACUCCGAGGUGGUCCUGCGCGAGGAUAUUACCAUAGAUCAGUUCAUCGACGUGAUCGAGGGGAACCGAAUUUAUAUGCCUUGUUUGUAUGUUUAUAACAAGAUCGAUUCCAUCACAAUUGAGGAGAUGGAUCGUCUGAGCCGAAUGCCGCAUUCGGUCGUCUUGUCCUUGCAAUGGGAUCUCAACGUGGACGAGGUGAUCGAUGAGGUUUGGGAACACCUCAACAUUAUUCGCAUUUACACGAAAAAAAAAGGAAGCCCUCCUGACUUUUCCAAACCUUUCGUAACCAAGCGAAAUUCCACCGUAGAACAUAUUUGUAAGCGUAUUCACAAGGAUAUCGUAUCGCGGUUUAAGUACGCGCUAGUGUGGGGAACGAGUGCGAAGCACGCCCCUCAGCGGGUUGGUAUUAAUCAAGUCCUUGAGGAUGAGGAUGUUUUACAGAUUCUGCUCAAGACAGCGAACGAAUAA